AUGAUUUUCACUGGUGUGAGGCCACUGGGAGCCUUCAAUGUGGAUGUUGCCUGGCCCUGGGUCACAGCACUGAAGCCAGGAACACUUUCUGUGCUCGGCUCCCUUCUGCAUCGAGACCCCAGCACCAACCAGACCUGCCUCCUGGUCACCAGGCACAGCACCAAGAGGAAGUCAGCACCCCUGCAUCGAUGUUCCAUAUCCAUCACUCCAGGUGGCCUCGAUUGCCAUCCAGUAGAACACAUCUAUAUGCCAAAGGGCAAGUACCAGGGCGUGACGGUGGCCCGGAACCACCAUGGUGUUUUGGUAUGCAUUCAAGUACAGGCCCGGCAGCUCAGCAGUCUUAACUCCAAGCUCACAGGUGCCUGCAGUCUACUGAGCCCCAGCUUGGACCUCCGGGCCCAAGCCAGCUUCUCUGACCUCGAAGGACUCCUGGAUCCAGACACCCAUGUGGACCCUGGCGACUACAGAAACAAAGGAGGCAGCAUGGGGGAGGAUAAGAAACUAGCCAGAGGACCCCGGGCAGCAGAAGAGGAAGAGGAGGAGGAGGAAGAGGAGGAAGCUGGUACCGAGAUUGCUAUUGUUCUGGAUGGCUCAGGAAGCAUUGAGCCCGAAGACUUCCAGAGGGCCAAAGAUUUCAUCUCCAACAUGAUGAGGAACUUCUAUGAGAAGUGUUUUGAGUGCAGCUUUGCCCUGGUGCAGUACGGGACUGUGAUCCAGACUGAGUUUGAUCUUCAAGACAGCCGGGACGUUAUGGCCUCCCUUGCCAGAGUUCAGAGCAUCGUUCAAGUGAAGAAUGUCACUAAGACUGCCUCAGCCAUGCAGCAUGUCCUAGACAACGUCUUCAUUCCAAGCCGUGGCUCCAGAAAGAAAGCAUCGAAGAUCAUGGUGGUGAUCACUGACGGUGACAUAUUUGGGGACUCUCUCAACCUUACAACUGUCAUCAACUCCACAAAGAUGCAGGGAGUUGAGCGCUUUGCCAUUGGGGUGGGCAAUGUAUUUGAGAAGGUUAAGACUGACAAAGAACUGAAGCUGAUUGCCUCGGACCCCAAAGAGACCCACACUUUCAAGGUGACCAACUACACGGCUCUGGACGGGCUGCUGAGCAAGCUGCAGCAGAGGAUCAUCCAUAUGGAAGGCACAGUUGGAGAUGCCCUUCAAUACCAACUCGCACAGACUGGCUUCAGCGCCCAGAUCCUGGACAAGGGACAGGUGUUGCUUGGCUCUGUGGGAGCCUUUAACUGGUCCGGGGGUGCGCUGCUCUAUGACACACAGCGUGGCCGGGGCUGCUUCCUAAACCAGACAGUCGAGGACUCCGGGGCCACGCAGUACAGCUACCUUGGUUAUUCAGUGGCAGUGCUACACAAGGCCCACGGCUUCUCCUACGUGGCAGGGGCCCCACGGCACAAGCUCCGUGGGGCUGUGUAUGAGCUCCAGAAGGACAGAGAAUCCACCUUUGUGCGACGGAUGGAGGGAGAGCAGAUGGGGUCCUACUUUGGCUCUGAGCUGUGCCCUGUGGAUAUUGACAUGGAUGGAACCACGGAUUUUCUGCUGGUGGCUGCUCCGUUUUAUCACAUCCGUGGAGAAGAAGGCAGGGUCUAUGUGUACCAUGUGCACGAGCAGGAUGCUCCCUUCUCCUUGGCAUACACACUGAGUGGGCAUCCUGGGCUCACCGACAGCCGCUUCGGCUUUGCCAUGGCAGCCGUGGGGGACAUCAAUCAAGAUAAAUUCACAGAUGUGGCCAUUGGGGCCCCCCUGGAGGGCUUUGGAGCAGGUGAUGGGACCAGCUAUGGCAGUGUGUACAUCUACAACGGACACUCAGAUGGCCUCCGUGCCAGCCCUUCCCAGCGGAUCAGAGCCUCCUCUGUGGCCUUGGGACUCCGCUACUUCGGCAUGUCUGUGGCUGGUGGUUUAGAUUUCGAUGGCGAUGGCCUCGCUGACAUCACGGUGGGCUCUCGGGACCGGGCAGCUGUGCUUCGCUCACGACCUGUGGUUGACCUGACCGUGUCCAUGACCUUCACCCCCGCUUUACUGCCGAUGGCCUUCCAAGGCGAGAUGGAUGUAGAGCUGUGUUUUGAAGUUGGCUCCUCAAGUGAGGCCUCUAAGCAAGGCCUUAGAGAGAUGUCACUCAACUUCACGGUGGAUGUGGAUGUGACCAAGCAGAGGAAGAGGCUGCAGUGUGCAGACGUGAGCAACUGUCAGAGCUCUCUUAGGAAGUGGAGUGGGGAGUCCUCUCUGUGUGAGCACUUCCGUCUCAUCCCCACGGAGGAGGAGCUUUGUGAGGACGACUGCUUUUCCAACAUCACCAUUAAGGUCAGCUACGAGUUCCAGACACCUGGAGGAAGGAGGGACCACCCCAACGCCAUCCUGGACCACUACAGGGACCCCUCUGCCAUCUUCCAGCUACCCUACGAGAAGGACUGUAAGAACAAAGUGUUUUGCGUUGCCGAGGUCCAGCUGACCACCACCAUCUCUCAGCAGGAGCUGGUGGUGGGAGUCACAAAGGAGCUGACCAUGAACAUCAGCCUGACUAACUCCGGGGAAGAUUCCUACAUGACAAUCAUGGCUCUGAAUUAUCCCAGAAACUUACAGUUUAAGAGGAUACAGAAGCCACUCUCUCCAGACAUUCAGUGCGAUGACCCGAAGCCAGCAGCUUCUGCCCUGGUCGUGAACUGCAAGAUCGGUCACCCCAUUCUCAAGAGAUCAUCUGUAAAUGUCUCAGUAAUUUGGCAGCUAGAGGAGAGUAUCUUUCCAAACAGGACAGCAGACAUCACUGUGACCAUCUCUAAUUCCCAUGAGAAGUCUUUGGCCAGAGAGACCCGCAGCCUUCAGUUCAGGCAUGCCUUCACUGCAGUUCUUCCCAGACCGUCAGUGAUGUACAUGAACACAAGCCAGAGCCCUUCUGACCACAAAGACUUCCUCUUCAAUGUGCAUGGAGAAAAUCUCUUUGGAGCUGUAUUCCAGCUGCAAAUUUGUGUCCCCAUCAGAUUACAAACUUUCCAGAUUGUAAGAGUGAAGAAUCUGACAAAGACUCAGGCCCACACUGAGUGCACGCAGAGUCAAGAGCGCGCUUGUGGAAGCGAUCCUGUUCAGUAUGUAGAAGAAUGGCAUUCAGUGAUCUGUACUAUCACAUCUAAUAAAGAAAAUGUAACUGUGGCUGCAGAGAUCUCCGUGGGCCACACCAAGCAGUUACUGAAAGAUGUAACUGAACUGCAGAUCCUUGGUGAAAUAUCUUUUGACAAAUCUCUCUACGAGGGGCUGAACGCAGAGAACCACAGAACGAAGAUCACUGUCAUCUUCCUGAAAGAUGAGGAGCCCCACUCUUUGCCUCUCAUCAUUGGCAGCAGUAUUGGAGGUCUCCUGGUCUUGCUUGUGAUUAUAGCCAUUCUGUUCAAGUGUGGCUUUUUCAAGAGAAAGUAUCAGCAGCUGAACUUGGAGAGCAUAAGGAGGGCCCAGCUGAAGGCAGACAGUCUGCUGGCGGAAGAUUAGAGCCCUGCUUCAGUCCCGGAGCCUGGACACCCGGCGUCUGCCACAUGCUCUCCUUAGGACGACCUGGGAACAUCGAACAAACCGUAGUGCUGUUCACAGCACUCAUUGUUUCCCUAACGUUGGUGCGUUGUGCAGAAGGGAAACUUGGACACAUUUUCUUUUAAAUAAAUUUACUUUUACAGCAA